CAUCUGAGCAUCUCCCGUUCUUCUUCUUCCUCUUCUGCAAAAGUUCUUAUUCCUAAAAAUAUCUUUAGAUUCUUUACCUUGUCUGCAAAAUUUAUUUGCAGCCAUGGAUGCCAGGAGGAAUCCAUGGCUCAUGCUUUCUCUUCUAUUCCUCGGCUUCUCUGUCAACACUCAUCUCUCCCUUGGAGCUGACACCAUCUCUGCAAACCAUCCUCUCUCUGGAAACCAAACCAUUGUCUCUGCAGGUGGGGACUUUGUGAUGGGUUUCUUCAAACCAGAUGGUAAUUUGGUUCUCUUUAACGAGUCUCAAAUCCCAGUUUGGUCCACAAACCUGAGCUCCAACACCUCAAGUGCUGUAGAAGCUGUUCUUCUAGAUGAGGGAAAUCUUGUUCUUAGAGGUGGGUCUAAUUCCUCAAAACCUUUAUGGCAAAGUUUUGAUCAUCCAACUAAUACAUGGCUUCCUGGUGCUAAGAUUGGAUACAACAACAUUACCAAGGAAAACCAACGUCUCACUUCAUGGAGGAGUGAAAAUGAUCCUGCUCCGGGACUCUUCUCUCUUGAGCUUCAGGCAAAUACCAGUUCAUAUCUUAUUCUGUGGAAUAGGUCUAUUAACUACUAUGAUACUGGACCUUGGAAUGGGAAGAUUUUUAGUUACGUUCCUGAAAUGAGGCUCAAUUAUAUCUACAACUUCCAUUAUGUUAACAACACAAAUGAGAGUUACUUCACCUAUUCUCUUUACAACAGUUCCAUCAUAUCUCGGUUCGUGAUGGAUGUUUCUGGUCAAAUUAAACAACAGACAUGGGUAAUUAGCAAUUGGAACUUGUUUUGGAGUCAACCGAAAACACCAUGUGAGGUUUAUGCUAUUUGCGGGGCUUUCGGUAUCUGCAACGGAGGAAGCGAAUCCUCUUGCAGUUGUUUGAAUGGGUUUGAUCACAAAUCGCAGGAUGAGUGGAAUUUGAAGGAUUAUUCUGGUGGUUGCGUGCGGAAAACGCCCUUGCAGUGUGAGAAUACCAGUCUUGCUAAUGGACGGCAGGACAAGUUCUUUCCAACGACCAACAUGGCAUUACCUGAAAGACAACAAUUUGUUUUGGUUGGAACUGCUGCAGAAUGUGAAUCAAGCUGCUUGAAUAACUGCUCUUGCACUGCUUAUGCUUACGAGACCAAUAACUGUUCAAUUUGGAUCGGGGAUCUCUUGAAUCUGAAGCAACUCACAGCAGAUGAUCAUAAUGCAAGGACUCUACAUCUCAGACUUGCAGCUUCAGAGGUUUCAAGUCAUGAAAAUAAUGAGGGAACAAUUGUCGGUGCUGUUGUGGGUUCAGUCGCAGGGGUAGUAGUUCUCGUUGGUCUUCUUGUGUUUGUAAUCCUUAGGCGAAAGAAGAGAGCUGUUGGAAUAGCGAAAUCAAUAGAAGGUUCUUUGGUGGCAUUUGGGUACAAGGACUUGCAAAAUGCCACCAAGAAUUUCUCGGAGAAGUUGGGAGGUGGGGGUUUUGGUUCAGUUUUCAAAGGGACGUUACCUGAUUCAACAUUGAUAGCAGUGAAGAAACUUGACAGCAUCAGCCAAGGAGAGAAGCAAUUCCGCACAGAAGUCAGCACAAUUGGGACAAUCCAACAUGUAAAUCUUGUCCGGCUUCGUGGGUUCUGCUCCGAGGGGACUAGAAAGUUGCUGGUGUAUGAUUUCAUGCCAAAUGGAUCUUUAGAAUCUCAUCUUUUCCAUGGAAAGAAUCCUGAGGUUUUGGACUGGAAAACAAGAUACCACGUUGCUUUGGGAACAGCCAGAGGGUUGGCUUAUCUCCAUGAGAAGUGCAGAGAGUGCAUCAUACACUGCGACAUAAAGCCCGAAAACAUUCUUCUUGAUGCUGAAUUUUGUCCAAAAGUGGCAGAUUUUGGCCUGGCAAAGCUUGUUGGGCGGGAGUUCAGCCGAGUCCUGACAACCAUGAGAGGCACCAGAGGUUAUCUUGCUCCGGAGUGGAUCUCAGGAGUGGCCAUCACAGCCAAGGCUGAUGUUUACAGCUAUGGAAUGAUGCUUUUUGAAUUUGUCUCCGGAAGGAGGAACGCUGAGCCAUCUCCAGAUGGCAAAACUAAAUUCUUCCCAUCUUGGGCUGCAAGCCAUAUGACUGAUGGGGGUGAUAUCUUUAGCCUUUUAGAUCCCAGGUUGGAGGGAAAUGCUGAUGUAGAAGAGGUCACAAGGGUUUGUAGAGUUGCUUCUUGGUGCAUCCAAGAUGAUGAAACUAGUAGGCCAACGAUGGGUCAGGUAGUUCAGAUCCUUGAGGGAGUUUUGGAUGUUAACCUGGCCCCAACUCCAAGAUCUCUCCUAGUGUUGGUGGACAACCAGGAGGACAUAAUUUUCUUCACUGAAUCAUCCUCAAGCCAAAAUUCACAAGCACGGAGCAAUACCUCAACUUCUUCCUCUCAGUCGAAGACUGCCAUGUCAUCACCAAGCUCAAAGUCUGAAGAGCAGGCCGAAUGACAACUUCGUGAGCUCUUAAAUAAGUGGUUAAGAAUGUAAGUUGUUAUUUGUAUUCUGCAAAUUUCACUUUGUAUCGUAAGGUAACUGGUAGGAUGUUUAUGUAUUCCGCUAUGUGUUUGAUUGAAACACCUGUUUACUCUGUUAGGUGUUUUUGGGUUCCUUACCAUCUAAGUUUUUCGCAUUGCUUCAAAAUCUUAAAUAGUAUGAUUCGCUAUGGCUAAUGUUGUAGUUAUGAGCAUUGUUCUUUUU